CACCUCAGGGCCGCAUCGCUGCAGAUGAAGAAUGACAGGCGACAGCGAGACAAAGCCAGGUGACCAUGACAGAAAUGAUAGAAAUAACCGGCAGCCUUUCCUUAUUGGCGUGGCUGGAGGGACGGCGAGCGGCAAGUCCUCUGUGUGCAGCAAGAUCAUGGAGCUGCUGGGGCAGAAUGAAAUCGACCAUCACCAGCGGCAAGUGGCCAUCCUCAGCCAGGACAGCUUCUACAGGGUGCUCACCCCUGAGCAGAAGGCCAAGGCACUCAAGAGCCAGUUCAACUUUGACCACCCCGAUGCAUUUGACAACGACCUCAUAAUCGCAACUAUGUGGGACAUAAAAAAGGGGAAAACUGUGCACAUCCCUGUUUACGACUUUGUGUCCCAUUCAAGGAAGGAGGAGACCGUGACGGUGUAUCCUGCUGAUGUGGUGCUGUUCGAGGGCAUCCUGAUGUUUUAUUCUCAGGAGAUCCGAGACCUUUUCCAAAUGAAGCUCUUCGUCGACACAGACGCAGAUACACGACUGUCAAGAAGAGUGCUGCGGGACAUAAGUGAACGUGGACGAGACUUGGAAAGCGUGCUUGCACAGUACAUAACUUUUGUCAAGCCUGCGUUUGAAGAGUUCUGUCUGCCUACAAAGAAAUAUGCAGAUGUUAUCAUUCCAAGAGGAGUUGACAACCUUGUUGCUAUAAACCUCAUCGUUCAACACAUCCAGGAUAUUCUAAACGGCGGUCUCACCAAACGGCUGAAUGGAUGGUUUAACAGUUAUGGAAAGAAGCAGCCAAACAUGGAGUCCAGCAGUCGGCCCCACUGAGCUCAGGUCCCGCCAGAAUAACCGAACGAGGGCUCUUCUACAUAUGUGGAAAGUUUUUUACAAUGUGGUUGUAAGGGUAGUAGUUCUUGCCAGAAGGCUAUUUUAGUAUGGCUGUUUUGAAAAGUGGUAAUGAACAUGACAACAAAUCUCUUAUUUGUGGAGCUGAUAUAAACUAAUUGUAUUUUCAUCUCUAGCUUGUGUAUGAGAUUGAAGAGAGACGAUUGAAAAGGGGCUAACUUGUUAUCUAGUUUAAACUACUGCUUGCCUUUACAACAGAACUGCACCAGAGCAAAAUAUCCAGACACUUGACAGCCUUGAACUAUACAAUAAAUGCUUUGUAGCAACCUGCUGUUUAACGCCAGGGCAUUGGCCUAUCUCACUACAGUUAAAUGUGCAACCUAUUUCCUUCAAUAAGCAGAGUGGUAAUAUUUUCAUGCUUUAUGGAGAGCAUAUUUUGACUGAUACAGCCUGAAAUAAUGUUCUAAUUAACUGAGAUGUUUUUUUGUGUCAUGCUGCCUCGGGCUGCUCUUGAUUCGUCUUGUGUUAUUUAAUCAAACAGUGUUGGUCAAAUAAACAACCGAUUCCCACCUCAAAUCAUGUGAUGUAUGACAUCAUCGCCAAAGACAAGUCUGUAAUGUCUUUGUGGAUGAAAUUGUGUAUAAAGUAAAAAUGUCUUCAAUGUGAAUCAGAUGUUACUGCAACAUGUUGGUAGCAUUAAGAGCAAUUAUUUGUUAAGGAAUUUAUCACAAAGUGUUAUUUUUCUUUUGAAUUCUAGAAACUCAGACACACAUGUAUGCAAGUCUCAUUUACAAGAAGUAAAACUUCUCACUGGUCAUGGAAAAACAUUGAGCUGUAAAAUGUCAAAGUCUGAGAUACACAAUGUAACUUUGUUCUUUAAAUGUUGUUCGACAGAGUUUUCCUUCUGUAUACAGUUUUCUUAUUAUAAAGUUCUCAGGUUCUACAUGAAUUGUUGCGUUUACACGUCUGUCACAACCUCAAAUGUUUAUCUCAAACAAAAUGGGUCUUCGGUUAAGUUCUAGUGAUCUCAUUUCAACAAAUAUUCCGAUUUACAUGAGAUGAGUUCAUAAAAUUUCAGUUGUGUUUAGCUAAGUUACAAACCUUGUAGUGUACAGCCUAUCAACCCUUGUAUUUACAGUG